AUGCCUUUAGGUUUCGAACGACUGAAUGUCCGAAAACAACCUCCAAACAAACUCAUCACUUUCGUUUCACCCCUCGAUGGACCCGACAAAGCUAUCGCUCAGGACUUUCUAGAGAGGGUCGCUGCAAUAGUCUAUCCAAUAAUGAGAGAUAACGGUCUAGCCGUCAUGUCUCUCGACGAGUUCCCCACGAAUAAAGAGUUCUGGGGAAGAAACUUCAAUGCCGGCGAAUGCAUCCAGCUUGUCCUCAAGAAUCCCAACACAGGCCUCUGGCUCCCCUUCCAGUUUGUCCAAGGAGUUAUGAUUCACGAGUUAGCACACAUCAAGCAAAUGAAUCAUUCUCGUGCAUUCUGGUCAGUUAACAACAAGUUCUCUGCUCAACUCAGCACUCUCCGCUCCACUGGCUACACCGGAGAAGGCUUCUGGUCUGCUGGCCGUGUUCUAAUCUCCUCGGAAUGUACCCAGGACCGGCCUCUUGCUGAAGUAGACAUGCCGAAUUCUCUCUGUGGUGGAACCUACCGUACCCGUACACGCACUCGCAAGAACAGAACUGGUGCAGACCAGGCCACAAAAAAGCCAAAAUUAACGUAUGCCGAAAUCCAGCAACGCAAAAAGGAGCGGAAAUUCGGUACAAGUGAAGGUAAUAAGGUUGGUGCAGACGAAGACACAAGAGUCCAGCUCGAAAAGGGUGCGAAGGUAAAGAGCGCCCCAAAGGUUGCUAGGAGCGUUAGAGGGAGAGAGCUACGAGCUGCAGCGGCGUUGAAGAGAUUUGAGACCCAGGUGAAAAAAUCACCGGAGGAUGGGGAUGAGGAUAGUAUGGAUUAUAGUGAUAGGGAGGACGAGAAAGUCAUUGACGUUGGCGGGGGUAGAUUUUUGGUAUCUGUUAGCAAAGAGGAAGAUGGCGAGGACGAGGAAAAAGCGAUGAAGAAUGAACUUAUGGGAUUGGCGGGAGCUUGCGGAACAGACGGCGAUAGCGGCAGAAUAGGCACUGGUGAGGGGAGUGAGAAGCCGCGAGUUGUCAGAGAUGCGCGGAAGCGCAAGUCAACCUCAAAAGAGAGGUCAGAAGCAAUCACUAUAUGCGAUACGUCAGAUGAUGAGCCUAUCUGCGUCGAUUCGAAAAGCUCACCUAAGAAAUCAAUAACCAAAAAACAGAUAAGAGGAGAGACUGCUACUUCCCCCAUCAGCAUAGGACAAGGGCUUCAAUCCCGGUUUGAGAUCUCAGGAGGUUCGAAGGGAAUAUCCUGCUCGUGCUACGGAAAAUAA